ACUCGAUUAUUCUUCAACCCACACUUGGAGAGGUGGAAUCACAUAAAACCGAAUCGGUCUCAGUCAGCAGGCAGUGAGUGAUAUUCCAGAUUGAGUUGCGGGUCUGUUAUUCUAGUGAACAAGGUGUCUGCUACAUUGUUGUUGUUUUUACUGCACAUCGCAACGAUUUAUCACCAGAGCCUGUUUUAUGUCUAAUUAUGUGUUUCAAGGGAUUCGAAUUGAAAACCUUGUCAUCUCAAUCAGAAAAAAUACAUAAAAAAAUAGGGGGGAGAUCAACAACGUCACGCAGGACUACUGUUUCAGUCACAGUAAACAACUUUUAACCAUCGCCACCGCAAAUUGAUUGUAGGUCUGUAGUCUGCUAUUACACCGCCGCUACACCGCCAUCAUGCCUAGUCUGCGACAGUCUUACACCGUGACGGUGCCCGAGGAGUCACCGGCAUCCACUUUCCCCUUCCUGAAGACGGACCUGCGCAGGAAGAGUCCUCCAAUGUCGCGGUCAUUGUUGAUGUCCACAUUUGUGGGUCUGCUUAUCAAUCAAGCCAAGAACUCCAAGAGUCCUCAAGGCCUAGUGGGACUGAGAAACCUCGGCAACACAUGUUUCAUGAACUCGAUCCUGCAGUGUCUGAGCAACACUCCUGACCUGAGGGACUACUGUCUGAGGAACACACACCGCACCGAACUCAACAACAACUGCAGAGCCAAGGCUGCUCUCAUGGAGGAGUUUGCCAAACUCACUCAGACCCUAUGGACGUCAGUCAGCAGCGAGGCAAUCAGUCCCUCAGACUUCAAGACCCAGAUCCAGAGAUAUGCGCCCAAAUUUGUGGGAUACAAUCAGCAGGAUGCUCAGGAGUUCUUGCAUUUCCUAUUGGACGGCCUCCACAAUGAGGUCAACAGGGUCACAGUGCGGCCCAGGCUCCCGUCCGAGGACAUUGACCACUUGCCUGACAAUGAGAAAGGGAAGAGAAUGUGGAACAAAUAUCUAGAGAGAGAGGACAGCAAAGUGGUUGAUCUGUUUGUGGGCCAGCUGAAGAGCUCUCUGACCUGCAGUGAGUGUGGUUACUGCUCCACUGUGUUCGAUCCAUUCUGGGACUUGUCACUACCCAUCGCUAAGAAAGGUUCAGGGGAGGUGAGUCUGACAGACUGCAUGCGACUCUUCACUAAAGAAGACGUACUGGAUGGAGAUGAGAAACCGACAUGCUACAGGUGUAAAACCAGGCGGAAAUGCACUAAGAAGUUCACCAUCCAGAAGUUUCCUCAAAUCCUUGUGCUUCACCUCAAGCGCUUCUCAGAGAACCGUGUUCGAACUAGUAAGCUCUCCACCUACGUCAACUUCCCCCUCAAAGAGCUGGACAUGAGAGAAUUUUGCUCUGAGAACAGCAUGAAUACAGUGUAUAAUCUCUAUGCCGUGUCCAACCACUCUGGGAAUACGCUGGGUGGCCACUACACAGCCUACUGCAGGAACCCAGCCCUUGGGGAAUGGUACAGCUACAAUGACUCCAGGGUGAGCUCCAUGUCAUCCAGCCAGGUCCGCAGCAGUGAUGCCUACGUGCUCUUCUAUGAGCUGGCCUCCUCUCAUUCACGCCUCUGAAGCUACAUGUUAUGGACAUAUGGGCUACAUAAAGCCUGGCAGUCCGGUCAUAUGGAUGACAUAUGCAAUGAGCCUAUUAGGCCUGUGUCUGGGUCUGAUGGUUGAUGUUUGAGCCUUGCUCUGUGGACUGCAUACAGUAUACUAUAUGUUUAUACAGGAGCCCUUGGCACUAUGGAUUUAGCUUCAACACAUAGGCUGCACUGUACUGCCAGGAUACAGAGAUUGAGUUGUGGUUCAACCAUCUUCCGGGGACAUUGGGAAGAGCAUUGGGACAAUGGGAAGGCCCUUUCCAGCUAAAAACAUGUCCUUUGAAUAUCAUUGAAAGUCCCGGUGACGUGUGUGUGUGUGUGUGUGUGUGUGUGUGUGUGUGGUCACCAUGCAGACGGCGAAGAUGCCUCUCUAUGCACUACAACGAGGACUGUAUGACCCCACGCCGGAGUUGUCAUUCGUUUCAAGGUCACCACUGAGACAUGAAAGACUUUAUCACUCCGACCUUCCGUUCUGUAAAUGAUUCUAUUUAAAUUAGAUGUCAUCAUAUCUGUGACUUUGGAGAUGGGAUGACUCUCUAGCACCAUCUGUUGGUGUGCUGUGGUUGUAGGUUUUGCACAACCUCAUCUUCCUCCCAUUUCAAUAGGACUGUGUGUGUGUGCAUGUGUGAAAGAGAGAGACAGAGAGAGCGGUCCCUCUCCAACUUCAAACUAGUGGUGGAGAUAUCAUGCCAUUGCAAAACGAGAUUGAGAGAAACUACAUCUCUCGCUAUGUUUUUUAUGACUAAGCGCGUAUUUUUGUAUUUAUAAAACAACAUGGUGAAUGUAACUGUACUGUUGUUCUAAUCAUUAAAAUAUCACUAUUUUUCAA